UUCAGAUUACACUGAGCGUGCGUCGAGUCGAGCUGGACACACGUUUUUUUCCUCCCCUCUGCGUCGCUAUACAUUCAAGCGAAUUAGUCGUUGCAUCUCAUUCGGUGUUUGUGUUACAUUCGCGACUCUCGUCAAUGCAAUUGCUCAAUUUUCAGUGCGUGGAAUGACGAAGACUAAAUUUGGAUUCUUACAGUCGACAAGUGAGGAGCCCAAAAGUGAACUAAAACAAAACAAUCAAAUCAGAUUUUAAACGCAAGGGAUCGAAAAUGUCAACAUGAAGAUUGUUUGGCAGUUCAGUUUUUUCGUAUUGACUCUUUUCGCCGAUUUCGAAGCGAAAUCCAUCGGAUCACGAGAUUCGACCCCUUCGUUUCAAGUCGCACCGACAGACGCGGUCAAAAAAGUUGAAAAUUACGCGUCGCAAGUUUUGGUUUUCGUCGAACUUUUAAAAGAUGGCGAAAUCGGUGGUAAAAAUAGCGACUGGACACAGCCGCACGUUCUCUUGGUCGUCCAUCGGCCUGACGAGCCAGUAGAUAAUGGAAAGGACAUAAUAACAUCUGAUCCCAACAUUUUACUGAUGCUUGAAAAUUUUCAAUCGAAAGCCGAGUGGCCGGAAUCCAGCACAGCACCUCGACUGGCUCGCGAUAUGAGCCGAGAUGAUUCCGAUCCAGCGUCUUUAGAGACGGGAACUUCGCGAGGCAAUUACUACGAUGUGUGGCUGGUGCCGCGUCGCAGCCGGACAGCCGACCCAUAUCCACCAUCAGCAUCGUUAUUACCUCCUCCGGCACAUAUUCCGGUGACGACAGCCAAUCAAUACAACGCGGAAUACGGCAUGCAAGCGGGCGGCAACAGGGUCUCUGGUAGGAGUAUCAGUUCGACUAAUGUAUCUCCAAAUCAUUCGUACAGUUCAGACGACGACGCUCCGGAUUUCCUUUCGACACUGGUCACCCUUCCCCAAGUGUGGAUGCACGACUUGAGUCACAUGAUAAUUCAACCGCUACGCAAGCCGUCCUCCGGUGAACGCGACAGUUUUGAGUAUUUCGGGAUGGUGGGCAAAGCGCCCUUUAUUCAAUGUCCUCUUGGCUUUAAGAAAAGCUCUUUAGGAACGUGUCGUCCCGUAUUCCGAAGUCGUAGAAAUUAUCCCCUGAGCAGCGCUCAAGGGCCGGAAUUAGAGACAACGACAAUGGCAGCAGCAACAACCACAACGACUAUUGUGGCGACAAUGGUAACCGAGGAGAAUGAGAAUUCGACUGCUACCUCUAUUAGCCCGUAGUGUUUCAUUGAUAACGCGUUACACAUUUGUUUCUGUUUGCGUGAAAAUCAUGUACAUAUUCUUGAAUUUUUAUGUCACCCCAUUUUGAUCUAUUUGGUUAUCGAUGUGAGUAUAUAGCCCAUAACCGAGAAAUGUCGCCAGGACUUAAACGUGUUUCCGAUUGCGAUAAAAUAAGAAAAAGACUAAUAACGAAUACAUAGGAAACAUUUAAUUAAAA